AUGUCAGCGACCUACAGCCGGGUUGAUGAGUUUCCAUUGGAUGAUACACUGGAGUACUUCAUUAAGUUUCCAUCGCCAAAUUUCAAAACGGAAGCUCCAGGAGCCGAAUCAGACUAUGUGUUUGUUUGCAAUGAAACUAAUGUGCCGAUUGUGCUACUGCUUGGUUGGGCCGGUUGCCAGGACAAAUAUCUUAUGAAGUAUUCGAAAAUAUACGAAGAUCGAGGUUUGAUAACCAUCCGGUACACAGCUCCGGUGAAUAAUCUAUUCUGGAAGCGUACGGCUAUGGUACAAAUAGGAGAGAAAAUUUUGAAGUUAAUUUACGACAUGAACUUUGACAGCCAUCCGCUGAUAUUUCAUGUGUUCUCCAAUGGGGGAGCUUUUCUGUAUCAGCAUAUUGCUUUGGCGAAUCGACGGUCAAAAAGACCCGUUCGAAUCUGUGGAAUGAUCUUUGAUUCUGCUCCUGGGGAUCGACGGAUUUUGGGACUGUUUCGUGCCAUAUCAGCCAUAUUGGGUAAAGAAAAACGAUGCAAUGCGUUUAUAUCCGCUUUUAUGGCAGUCUCUAUUAUCUUUUUAUGGGCCUUUGAGGAUUCCUUCAACUACCUAAAAAGUUUUAUUCGUUCAGAUGGAUACGAAGUACAAACGAAUCCUUCGCACAAUUUGAAAUACGAAAGUAACGAAUGGCCACAGCUGUUUUUGUACUCUAAAGCAGAUCGACUUAUACCAUACACAGAUAUCGAAAAAUUUGCUGCCUACCGCCAGAAAUGCGGAGCCGAUGUCCGGAUGGUAUGUUUCGAUCGAUCGGAACAUGUCAAGCAUUAUAUCAGACAUCCACAAGAAUACAUCUACAGCGUUUGCAAGUUCAUCAACGACUGUUUAGCAAACCAUUACAAUAAGUACAAUUGUUAA